GAUCUUCUUCAGUCGAAGAACUUCCCGCCGACAGGAUAACGAGUGACUAAUCUAUCCGCACAGGAAUAGGACGCGGGGGCGCAACUAUAUAUAGAUAUUUAUAUAUGCGCUUAUAUACAUAAGCGCUAGAAUAUAAAGUAUUGUUGUUAGUCAAAAUUAUACGAUCGCAUGUAUUUGCAACACUUGCAUUCCUGAACUCGUCAGAACUUUCUCCUUAUAUUGUUGUGCACAGGACAAAUCGAAAACCUAAAAAUUAUCCAAAAUUUUUUGUUAUUCAACAAAACGUAUCCUUAGAGCCACAAUGAUGAUCCAUACUUCUCAAUUAUUUGUCAUUACUAUUACAAUAUACGCUGCUAUAAUCGACGGAGCACCUAGCGCAAACCUAGAGAGCAUCUUUUUACGUAUUUACGUUGGAACUACUAUGGAUGAAUAUGUCGAUUACUCGCUAAAGAAUACCGAUGCACUGCUAUCUCGAAUAAAUAGCAGCAAGCCGACAGUAUUAUAUAUACACGGCUAUAUGGAACAUAUAGGGAAAGAUAGCAUACGAACAAUAGUGCAAGCUUACUUGAAGCGAAAUGAUCACAAUAUCAUCGCAAUGGAUUAUGGUAAACUGGUGAGCGACUCAUAUAUGACAGCUGUGAGAAACGCCUUCCAUGUUGCAGCCGCUCUCACAGUGACUCUCGAUAAGAUGGUAGGAUCGGGCUUUAAUUCGGAAAAGUUACAUAUUGUAGCACACUCUUUAGGCAGCCAAGUCGCUGGCUACCUCGGCAGAAGUGUCAAUUUUCAGAUUCCUAGAAUUACAGGAUUAGAUCCUGCCGGUCCUCUUUUCAAUUAUCUCGAGCCUCAUCUCACAUCCUCUGACGCUCGUUUCGUAGAUAUCAUACAUACAGAUUUAGGAUUUUAUGGUAUUAUGAAGAUUAUCGGCACGGUAGACUUCUAUCCAAAUGGUGGUCGACGUGUACAACCUGGUUGUCCAUUAAAUGCUACUAUCUACUCCAAAGAAGAUUUUUGCAGUCAUCAUCGUUCCUGGAGAUUCUAUGCUGAAUCACUGAUCGAUGAAACAGCCUUUCUGGGCGUAGAAUGCCCUUCGUUAUAUCACUUUUAUUCCGGCAAAUGUAAUAAUAAUACGCAAAUCAUCAUGGGAUACGGCACUCCGAGCAACGCGCAACGAAACAUUUAUUUAGUGACGGCUGACCAGAGUCCUUUCGGGUUACACGAGAAAGGAACUCAUCUGUAAUCGAGUUAACUGUACAAUUGAAUUGUAAUAUUCAAAAAGAAUAUACCAUAAGACCUAGAUGGAUAGCAAACCCUCAUAAUAAAAAAAACGACAAGUACAUACAUCGUCCUCUGUGACGCUCGGCAUGCUAUAUUCAUAGCAUAUUAAUGAAGAAUUGGACGUAUUAUGUCUUAUCUCUUACAAUAUAGUUAAUAAUCGCUGUAUUAUUCUAAUAUUAAGUUUUCUUCCUUAUAUGCAAUAACAGUUUUUCUAUUAAUUCAA